AUGCGCUUCGCAGCCUUUCUCGCUCUUGCUCCCUUGCUGGUGGCAGCGGUCGCGCAGCCUGCCACGGGCACCGUAGCCGUCGCGAUGGUAGGCGACCAAAUCGAAGCGCGUGAGCCAGCCUCACCGGUCGAGUUAGCCCCACGCGCGUGCCGUACAAACGGUUGCAAGUGCGUCAAGGGGCUGCCCCAAGGCCGGUACUGCGGCAACUGCGUCUUGACGAAGGACUUCAAAACCUGGGUCAUCAGCAGUAAGCGGGUAAAUGAUCACGUCUUCGAGUGCAAUCCCCAGGGGGGCUGCUGCACUUACGGGUAUGCGAAGGACUGUGGUGGAGCAAAGGCCCGAUGCGGUUAA